AUGGCGGUAAAUCCUGAGUUAGCACCGUUUACCCUCUCCAGAGGAAUCCCGAACUUGGACGAUCAAGCCUUGAACACCAUCAUACAACUUCAGGAUUACAUCCAGCAGGCCAUUCAGCAGUUAAACUAUAGUACCGCAGAGUUUCUGGCCGAACUGCUCUACGCUGAAUGCUCUAUUCUAGAUAAAUCAAGUGUUUACUGGUCAGAGGCGGUUUAUCUGUACGUACUGUCGCUGUUUCUGAAUAAAAAUUACCACGCUGCCUUUCAGAUUUCUAAAGAAUCCAAGGAGUACCAUAUCGGUGUUGCGUAUAUUUUCAGUCGUUGUGCUUUACAGCUUUCGCAGGGAGUAAACGAAGCCAUCCUCACGCUUUUAUCAUUAACAAAUGUAUUUUCUUCGAACAGCAAUAACAGCAACAAUACGCAUAUAAAUGCUGUGAUGAAUUCUAGUCUAGUUCAUAUUCCUGAUUUGGCCACUUUGAAUUGUCUGUUAGGUAAUCUUUAUAUGAAACUAGACCAUUUCAAGGAGGGCGCGUUUUAUCAUUCUGAAGCCCUAGCCAUUAAUCCUUACCUAUGGGAAUCUUACGAAGCGAUCUGUAAAAUGAGAGCUACCGUGGACCUUAAAAGAGUUUUCUUCGACAUCACAAGACAAAAAAGCAACAGUCAUCACAAUAAUGCAGCAGCAUCCUUUCCGUCUACAUCACUAUCGCAUUUCGAACCUCGUUCACAGCCUAGCUUAUAUUCAAAGACAAACAAAAAUAGCAGCAAUAACAUUAGUAAUAAUAUCACUACGCCGUUUCAGUUGUCGAAUUCUAGCCCUUCUACGUCAGCAUCUUCUUUUUCAUCUAUUCAGCAUUUUUCAAGGUCGCAGCAGCAGCAGCAGCAAGUGAACCCAUCAUCAAUAAGGGCUUAUCAGAAUAGAAAUAUUCAAACUCCCAAAAAUUCUACAAAUAACAAUAAGACAUCCUCUGCAUUACCGACUAACAUUUCCAUGCCUUUGGCAUCGCCGUCCUCCAAACAACCUACAAUAAGUUCACUGGCUAAAGUUUAUAACAGAAACAAACUUUUAACGACUCCUCCGUCGAAAUUGUUAAAUAACGACAGGAGCCAUCAAGCAAAUAAUAAUAAUAGUAAUAUUAAUUUUAACAUCACGAAUAAAACAACUUUCAAAACACCUAGAAACCUAUAUUCCUCAACAGGUAGGUUAACCGCUUCGAAAAAAAAUCCGAGAUCCUUGAUAAUUAGUAACUCAGUACCAGCUAAUGAUUACUCAAUUACGUUGCCUGAAAUCAUGUAUAAUUUUGCUCUAAUAUUAAGGUCAUCAUCACAAUACAAUUCGUUCAAGGCAAUUAGACUAUUUGAAUCUCAAAUUCCCUCUCACAUCAAAGAUACUAUGCCGUGGUGUUUGGUGCAGUUAGGAAAACUGCAUUUCGAAAUCAUAAAUUAUGACAUGUCCUUGAAAUAUUUUAAUAGGUUGAAAGACCUACAACCUGCAAGAGUAAAGGAUAUGGAAAUAUUCUCGACCCUAUUAUGGCAUUUACACGAUAAAGUUAAAUCCUCGAAUUUAGCAAAUGGUCUUAUGGAUACAAUGCCUAAUAAACCAGAAACUUGGUGCUGUGUAGGUAAUUUGUUAUCCUUGCAAAAAGAUCAUGAUGCUGCUAUAAAAGCUUUUGAAAAAGCCACUCAACUAGAUCCAAAUUUUGCUUAUGCGUAUACUUUGCAAGGUCAUGAGCAUUCAUCCAACGAUUCUUCGGAUUCAGCCAAGACAUGCUAUAGAAAGGCGCUAGCUUGUGAUCCUCAACAUUAUAACGCAUAUUAUGGGCUGGGCACAAGCUCUAUGAAACUAGGUCAAUAUGAAGAGGCUUUGUUAUAUUUUGAAAAGGCAAGAUCAAUUAAUCCUGUCAAUGUAGUAUUGAUCUGUUGCUGUGGUGGUUCUUUAGAAAAAUUGGGCUAUAAGGAAAAGGCAUUACAAUAUUAUGAACUAGCUUGUCAUUUGCAACCUACUUCUUCGUUAUCCAAAUACAAGAUGGGUCAGUUACUCUAUUCCAUGACAAGAUAUAGCGUUGCUUUGCAGACUUUUGAAGAGUUGGUGAAACUUGUUCCUGAUGACGCUACGGCCCAUUAUUUGUUAGGUCAAACAUAUAGAAUAGUUGGGAGGAAAAAAGACGCAAUCAAAGAACUAACGGUUGCCAUGAAUUUAGAUCCAAAAGGUAAUCAAGUUAUUAUUGAUGAAUUACAAAAGUGUCAUAUGCAAGAAUAA